AUGGCCUCCCCUCAGCAGAUUCGCACUCCCAUCACGGAUCUCUUCAAGAUCCAGCACCCCAUCCUGCUGGCUGGCAUGAAUGUCGCUGCCGGUCCCAAGCUGGCUGCUGCCGUCACCAACGCCGGUGGUUUGGGCGUCAUUGGCGGUGUCGGUUACACCCCCGACAUGCUUCGCGAGCAGAUCUCCGAGCUCAAGGAGUACCUGACAGACAAGAGCGCCCCCUUUGGCGUCGAUCUGCUUCUUCCUCAGGUUGGCGGCAGUGCGCGCAAGACCAACUACGAUUACACCAAGGGAAAGCUCGAUGAGCUCGUCGACAUCGUCAUCGAGUCCGGCGCCAAGCUGUUCGUUUCCGCCGUCGGUGUUCCUCCCAAGCAUGUCGUCCAGAAGCUCCAGAAGGCCGGAAUUCUGUACAUGAACAUGAUUGGUCACGUCAAGCACGUCAAGAAGUGUCUUGAGCUCGGCGUCGACAUCAUCUGCGCCCAGGGCGGAGAGGGUGGUGGCCACACUGGUGAUAUUCCCACCACGGUCCUGAUUCCUGCCGUUGUCGAGGCUGUCAAGGAUCACAAGUCCCCCGUCUCCGGCGGCCCCGUACAGGUCGUGGCCGCAGGUGGCAUCCACAACGGCCAGCUCCUCGCCUCCGCUCUCAUGAUGGGUGCCAGCGGCGUCUGGGUAGGAACCCGCUUCAUCCUCACUGAUGAGGCCGGUGCUCCCAAGGCUCACAAGGAUGCCGUCCGCACUGCCGGCCACGAUGACAAUAUCCGUACCAUCAUCUUCACUGGUCGCCCCAUGCGCGUCCGCAACAACCCAUACAUCAAUGACUGGGAGACCAACAGAAUCCAAGAGAUGAAGGAGCUCACCGCCAAGGGCACCAUUCCGUACGAGGUUGAUCUCGAGCGAUUCAUGGGUGGUGAGGCGGCCAAUGAACACAGCGGCGUCGAGAGCUACAGCAGCAAUGCUGCCUCUGAGUCUGAAAAUGAUGACGACGAGGGUGAUGACCCUCUUGAGCAGUUCCGUCCUUACCUGAUGGGCAAGUGUGCUGCUGUUGUCAAUGAGCAGAAGUCAGCCAAGGCUGUUGUUGAUGAGUUUGUCAAUGAUGCCGUUGCCUGGAUCAAGAAGGGCAACCAGAUGAUUGCCAAACUGUAA